AGCGGGCGGCGGCGGGGCAGUGGGCGCCGCCAUGCCGGGCGCGGCGGAGCGCGGCGCGGAGCUGCGGGAGCAGAUGGAGGCCUUCGUGGCGCGGCUGCGGGGCGGCGGCGGGCGGCCGCGCUCCGAGGACACGGCGCGGCACACGCUGGCGCUGCUGCGGAAGAUCGUCGCGCACGGGCACUGGGGCUCGGCCGGGGAGCUGAUGGAGCUGAUCCGGGCGGAGGGCCGGAGGAUGGCAGCAGCCCAGCCGUCCGAGACCACCGUGGGCAACAUGGUGCGGCGAGUGCUGAAGGUCAUCCGGGAGGAGUACGGCAGGCUGCGCGGGCGCAGUGAGGAAAGCGACCAGCAAGAAUCCCUGCACAAACUUCUGACUUCUGGAGGGCUGAACGAGGAUUUCAAUACCUCCUACCCUACCCUCAAAGCUAACGUUAUUGAAGCUAUUAACGAGCUGCUAAUAGAGCUAGAGGGCACCACCGAUAACAUCGCUAUGCAGGCACUGGAGCACAUCCACUCCAACGAGGUGAUCAUGACCAUUGGCUACUCUCGCACUGUUGAGGCCUUCCUGAAGGAGGCUGCCCGCAAGCGGAAAUUCCAGGUCAUCGUGGCGGAGUGCGCGCCUUUCUGCCAGGGUCACGAAAUGGCGGUCCGACUGUCUAAAGAGAACAUCGAGACUACUGUCAUGAGCGAUGCAGCUAUUUUUGCUGUCAUGUCUCGAGUCAACAAGGUCAUCAUUGGUACGAAGACAAUCCUGGCCAACGGCGCGCUGAUCGCCGUGAGCGGGACUCACACUCUGGCGCUGGCAGCGAAACACCACUCCACCCCGCUCAUCGUGUGCGUCCCCAUGUUCAAGCUCUCGCCGCAGUUCCCUAACGAAGAAGAUUCAUUCCACAAGUUUGUGUCACCACAGGAAGUGCUGCCAUUCACAGAAGGGGAGAUCCUGGCAAAGAUCAAUGUUCACUGCCCAGUGUUUGACUACGUCCCGCCAGAGCUCAUUACUCUCUUCAUUUCUAACAUCGGGGGUAACGCGCCUUCCUACAUCUACCGCCUCAUGAGCGAACUCUACCACCCAGAUGACUACGAACUCUAACGCCAAGAAGUAUGUUUGUCACUCUCCAGACUUUUCCCAUCUUUCUAAAGAGAGAGACGCAUCAGCUAAUUAAAGCCUGCGUUGCAAAGAUGAGCUGCUGUGGGGAAUCUGCUCAGUGCAAUGUCUUCCCUACCGGAAAGACCAGAAGACAGAUCUCUUGUACAGGUUUUGACCCUCUGCUGUUACAAGUCACACGGAGCUGCUAACCAACUUCAAUUUUGAAAUAGCAAGACAUCCAAGUCACUCUCUGGGGCAGCUAAGCUGUUAUUUCGAGGUGUGCUGCAAUAAAGGCUGUUCACAGUGA